CUGAUUUCAUUUUGGGGCACGACGGUGAUCUGUCACGAUUAGAGCCAGCAAAGAGAAACCUUUCUUAGGGUUUUUCUUUCGCUGUGCAACACUGCGACCCCAAACUCCGUUUUCACUUCGUAGGUCGAAGCUCUUGAAACUUCCUUGAUUAUCGCUUUGUCUUCACUUCACUUAGACGUAAAAUAACACACUUGUCAACCCGCCAGUCAUUUGUAUUCUGUCGUGUUGUAGUGAGCUCAACAUGGCGUUUUUAUGUCGCGUUCUUCUGGUUCUGCUGUUAGCCGGCGUCGUCAGCGGAUUUACUGGAAUACGUCUGAGAGGAGGCAAACAUCGUCAUGAAGGCAGAGUUGAAGUGGAACACAACGGAGAAUGGAAAGCAGUUUGUGAUCACGGAUGGGACAAGAAAGCGGCGAAAGUUGUGUGUCGAAUGCUCGGAUUUCCAGACAUGUUGCGCUACACCAAAGGGGCAGGAGCGUUCGGUCUCGGAACUAACGACUUCUGGUUGGAUGACGUCAAAUGUACUGGAGAUGAGAGAUCUAUCGCGCUGUGCUCACACAGGGAAUGGGGACGACACAACUGCCGUGAAUUCAACCAAGCUGGAGUUGUCUGCAAGCUGCAUUUAAAAGAUAAGAUAACCAAGCCUGAGCCCGCGAAACCUAAGGAUGAGCUUUUGAAGAUGAAAGUGAGAUUAUUAGGCCCGGUUGUCGACGACUACAUAUCUGAAGGUAUCGUUCAAGUGGAGCAUGAGGGAAAGUGGGGUUACAUUUGUCCUUCAAAGUGGAGAAGGGCGAACACUUACGUGUUGUGCGGUCAGCUUGGAUUCCCGAAUGACGCUGAGUCUUAUGCAGUGGAAGUUCAGGAUGUGGAGCCCGUCUAUUGGCUGGACCAUGUGACGUGUGAAGGAUGGGAGUCAUCGAUCGUGUCAUGUGACCAUUCCGCGUUGGGCGUUAGUGAGUGCAAGGGUGGACAGGCUCUCAGGAUCAAAUGCGUUCGAAAAAGGAGCGAUAAGCCUUUGGAGAUACGUCUUCGCAGUGGAGCUCAGAUGUCAGAGGGGCGCGUGGAAAUAAAAUUUCAUGACUCUUGGGGCACAAUAUGCGACGAUCACUGGACUCUGAGAGAGGCAAAUGUUGUCUGCAGGUCCAUGGGAUUUGGGACAGCGGCAGGAGCGACAAGGGCUGCGUAUUUCGGCAAAGGCGUUGGAAAGGUCCUGCUGGACGAGGUUCGCUGCAAAGGAAACGAGAAGAAUAUCAUUCACUGCUAUCACCGCGGCUGGUACAGAACAAACUGCAACCAUUAUGAAGACGCUGGCGUUAAAUGUCACACACCGCAACUUCAAGGUCACGAGAUUCGGCUCCAUGGCGGUGGAAGCCCUUUCGAGGGCCGGGUGGAAGUCUUCCACGACGGCAAAUGGGGAUCCGUUUGUGCUGAUGGAUGGGGCAUAGAGGAAGCCAUGACAGUUUGUCGACAGCUGAAUCUCGGCUAUGCCAGCCAGGCUGUUACCAAAAACAACCUGUUUGGCGGAACAGCUCUUGGAAUGAUCAUGUCUGGGGUUAAAUGCCGGGUAGAUGAUAUCUCUAUUUACAGAUGUCAGCAUGACGACUGGAAAAACACCACGUGCAGCAAAGAGGACCUAGCGGGAGUUAUUUGUGUUGAUGCUCUACCAGAUAUAGUGCCUGACGUGGAACUGCUCCGGGAUGACAUGAAAAUGCAGCUUAUUCCGUUGGAAUACCUUAGGUGUCCUUUAGAGGAGAAAUGUCUCUCAGCUAGUGCAGACUUCCUCAUCAGAGAUGCAAGGUAUUACCAGCGGCGACUGUUAAGGUUUAGCGUCAAAAUUCAAAAUGAAGGACUGGCGGACUUCAGACCGAAUAUACCCAAGUCAAAUUGGCAAUGGCAUAAAUGUCACAAGCACUAUCAUUCUAUGGAAACGUUCUCUUCUUAUGAUCUCAUCACCCAAGACAAGGGAGAAAAGGUUGCCAAGGGACACAAAGCCAGCUUCUGUUUAGAGGACACCAAGUGUGAUCCUGGAUUUGACAAGCGAUUCAACUGCUCUGUUAAAGGAGGGCAGGGCAUUUCUCCCGGUUGUUACGAUAUUUACAACUGGAGGAUUGACUGCCAGUGGGUGGAUUGUACUGACUUUCCGCACGGUUCGUUUUACCUGCGAGUGCAUCUGAACCCUGGCAACCAAGUGGCUGAAUCCGAUUUCAGAAACAACGUUGCCAAGUGCAAGAUUCAUGACUACGGCAACUUUGUGAUCUGUGACAAGUGUUGGAUUGAGGAGUGCGAUAGCGGAGUGGACACACAUGGCGGCAAUUCUGCCGGAAAUUGCUGCGUAUUUCCAUUUGUCUAUAAUGGCAAACACUAUCACGACUGUACCAUGGAUGGCUACGCGAAGAAGUGGUGUUCCACGACUUACGAUUUCAAGACGGGUGGCAAAUGGGGACUGUGCUAUGACUAGGUCGUCUGCUAGGAAGUGGAUUUUUUACACCAAUCAAAUCUUUGUUAAUAGCCUCUCACGCAAAUCCGCUUUUUACUCAUUAAAGAAACUCUUCAAGGUAUUCGCAAAUUAGUUGUCGCGUUCUGACAGUUCUAAAUUCAAACUUAAUCCAACCUUGCUUUUCAUCAAACUGUGUAUUUUCCAGUUAAUCUAUUUAUUUUAAGGGGUUAUUAGCCAAUGACUAGAUAAAGAGCUUUUAAACCGUUUAUGGGAUUUCAUUUCUUUAGUUAGCGUUUCCUUGUCCAGAACUAUUAAAAUGCGCUGCAAUAUUUUGAUCAU